AUGAGGCGAAAAUGUCGGCAACAGCGUCUCUGCGCAAUCUCCACUCCGCCUACUCUAAUCAUGUCAAAAGGGCGACUGAAAGUCUUGCUUUUUGUAUGUCUCACUUCGUUCGUUAUUCUUGUAGUCCACUUCCUCCUUACGACGAAAAUAAACGCUAGAGAAUAUAAAGUCAACGACAGGACAGUCGUUCAAUAUCGGAAGGAAUCCGUUCUUGAGUCAACAAACGGUCAGACUCUGUUGAGGAGGAUAGGCAGCCUUGGGAUUGCUUCGGGGAAAUUGAAAAGUAACAGGAAGCUUAUAUUAUUGAUUACCAAUAUGAGGUCUGGGUCUACGUUUCUUGGUAAAUUGUUUGAUGCCAACGAGAAGGUUUUGCACGUCUUUGAGCCAUUUUGGCCAGAAGUUGACGAUCUUGGAAGGCGUUGGAGUGCUACGGACGACAGAAAAAUAGGAUUGUUGCAAAGCUUUUCGACAUGCCACUUUGACUCGCCUUCGGCUCUUACAUUUCUUGCAGAACUCUCAAGUGGAAGAAGGCAGUGGACAAGAUACUAUUCUACAGCACUCUCAUCUGCAACAUUCUGCCAUGACACUCAUCUGCAGGUCAAGCAACCCGAAAUGAAUACCAAUUGCUCGUUCAGUCCGACAGCCAUGCAACAGACUUGCCUAUCCAAGCAAGCUGUUGUGCUGAAGGUCAUUCGACUAGCCAACAUUUCUCGUGUUGAGUCAGUCCACGAACAUGCAAUCAUUAGACAUCAAGGUAUGAGUCACACACCGGCUGAGUUUCAUAUUUUGCAUCUUGUUCGGGAUCCGCGUGGUACAAUACACUCUAGAAUGAAGAUCGGGCGGCUAAGACGGGAAUAUCAGUCAUACCAUCCCAAUGAACAAAACGUUGGCAAUGAAGCGAUGGUAGAGUUUAGUGCAAAUCGACUCUGCAAACAGAUUUCAUACACACUGUCUGUUGGUGAGAGCAGACUGCCGUGGAUUCUGGGCAAAUACUUCAGAGUUCGAUUUGAAGACAUUGCCUUACAUCCUGUUGUGCAAAUGACUGAACUAUUUCAUCAUUAUGACAUGGAAAUGAAGCCUGAAGUACUCCAUUGGAUUCAAAGCAAUACACACGGUGCCGCUUUACAUAGUCAACCCCAACCCCGUCAGUCUUUGCAAACAAAUCGAAACUCAACAUUAGUUGUUGACUCUUGGAGGAUAUUGUUAAAGUCAGCGAAAGGUAGAAAGUAUGUGGAUAUAAUUGAGAAGCAAUGCUCAGACGUUAUGAGACAUCUCAGAUAUGACCUUGCAAUGUAGUAAUAUAAUUUUAGUAUAUUUAGUUAAUUGAGUUAUCACUAAUUUUCAUUAAAAAUUUCAGGCAGUGU